AUUGGGCUCCAUGCUCCCCCACUUCUCCCUCCCCCACUUCCUCAUUCUCCAAGCACUUCAUUCCUCGCCUCUCUCUUUACUCUGAACGCACAGAAAACACAGACCAAAGAUAUACAACAGCUAGCAAGACAGAGAAAGGUAGCUAGCUCCAUCCUGCAUGUUGAUGGCGGCGCAGGAAGAGGUUGCGGGCCUAGCCCUGGACCUUUCUCUAGGCUCCGCCGGAGGCCACCACCGGCUUCAGCAAAAGGAAGCUUCAGCAGCGCCGCAGCAGCACUGUGCGCUGCCGUCGCUGACCCUGAGCCUGCAGGCCGGCGCCGCCGUGAAGAGGGAGGCGGCGGAGGAGGAAGAGGAGGAGGACGAGAGGGCCUUCCUUUACUACUCGGCAGCGUCCUCGGCGGCGGACGAUGAUGUGGUCGACCGAGAGGCCGGGUGCAACGGCAGCAGCCGGAAGAAGCUGAGGCUCACCAAGGAGCAGUCGGCGCUGCUGGAGGAUCGAUUCAAGGAGCACAGCACCCUCAACCCUAAACAGAAGGCAGUUUUAGCAAGGCAGCUCAACCUGAGGCCAAGGCAAGUUGAGGUGUGGUUCCAAAACAGAAGAGCCAGGACGAAGCUGAAGCAGACAGAGGUGGACUGCGAGGUGCUGAAGCGCUGCUGCGAGACGCUCACCGAGGAGAACCGCCGCCUCCACCGCGAGCUCAACAACCUCCGCGCCAUACACCACCAUCACUCCGCCUUCUUCGUGCCGGCCGCCGCCACGCUCUCCGUCUGCCCCUCCUGCGACCGCCUUGCCGCCACCGGUGCACCGCCAGCCUCCGUCGUUGCCGACCGCCCCGCCGCCAAGCGCAGCUUCUUCGCCACCAAAUCCGCCGCCUGCUAGCUAACCACCUCAUCCGACUAUAGUCCAUACAUGCAUGAUCCAGUUUAUCCAUGCUAAAAUCCGUCCAUGAUUUAAUUAAUUAAUUAAUCAAUUAAUUAUUAGAUCAUUCGAAAAUCAUAACAAUUUUAGUUGCCAGUAAGUGUGUAUAUAGAUAUAUGUUGGUCCUAUCCCCUACCCAAAUGGUUAAUUAGCUUGGUCUUUUUCACAAGUUAAUUGAUAGAUUACUGUGUGAGGAGGAUGGGGGUACAUAUAACCAUGCAUGCAUUUAGCUAGCUAGGUGGCUAGGACGAUAAAGAGAGAUUAUUUGAUUAAGGUGUGUAAUUAGUUAAGCUGUUGUUGUUAUUGCUGUUGUUUUUGUGAGAGUCACUGAUGAAUUUUAGUGUCAGGAGAUUAUCAAGUGCUAGCUGAUGAUGAUGACAUGACACCUCACAUGUAUACAUCCCGGUUUCUUCGGAUGUACGCAGCAGAGAGAUGUCGUAUGUGUUACUAUUAUGUAUUCAUUCAUCAUGCAUGCGUGUGGGAUGCAUGUGCUGUAAUAUAUGUAUUGAUUUGUUUCAGAAAAUUAUGUACUAUGUGGCUUCAGAACAUUCUGUUGGAUAUGUGUUCUACUAAUCGAAUAACCAAGCAUAUAUAUUAUCUCUCU